UGGCCUGGAAAAAGACGAACUUCCAGUCGCCGGCUUCCAUUCAGCGGCGCUCGUCACUUAAAAGCUCGACCAUUCAGCCAUAAGGGCUCAAACGCAGUCCAGUUGGAGGCCAGAACGGAUCGUCGCCGCCAGAACGGAUUCCCAAGACUGUCAAUCCAGACAUUCAGAGAUAUCCCCCACCAAGUCCAGCUGCAAAACGUUUUAGACCGAACCAGACUCCAGAGCUCCAGAGACGGACGGAACAUGUCGCUGAUACCGUUUAUACUCGAUUUGGCCGAGGAGUUGCACGACUUUAAUCGCAGCCUGGCCAUGGAAAUUGAUGAUUCUGCAGGUGUUUUUCCGUUGGACACCGGAUCUGUGCCGGCACAGAUGCGACGAUACGGUAGUGGGGGCGGUGGGAUGAUGUGGGUGCCCAUUAAGGGUCAGCAGGCGCAGCAGCAUCGCCAUCAUCCAUAUAGUCGCGUGGCCGGUGCGAAAACCGUCUGCUGCAAUAAGCCAAUUUUGGAACUGGAAAAGGAGAUGAGCGAGAAGGGUGGUGGAAGUGGUAGUGGAAGUCCAACUGGAAGUGGAAGUGUUAGUGUAGCCGCCCAGCCAGUGGUUAGCAAAUCAUCGUACUCCGUGGUGAAUCGAAAUGGCUUCCAGGUGAGCAUGAACGUGAAGCAGUUCACCGCCAGCGAGCUGACCGUGAAGACCAUCGACAACUGCAUCGUGGUUGAGGGCCAGCACGACGAUAAGGAGGACGGCCACGGAGUGAUCUCGCGCCACUUCAUCCGGAAAUACGUCCUGCCCAAGGGAUACGAUCCCGCCGAGGUCCAUUCGACUCUCUCUUCCGAUGGCAUUUUAACGGUAAAGGCUCCGCCGCCAGCCCCCACCCCGAAAGGGGCAGCUGAGCAUCAAGUGCGCGUCGUGGAUAUCCAGAUGCAGUGCCGAGAGAAAGAUGCAGUAAAGCCGGCACCAGCCGAGGGAGAGCAGACAGCAGCAGCCAGCAGUGCUACCGCUCUCACUUCCAGCAAUGGAACAGAGACAGAGUCGGAAGCAGUGGCGGUGGCGGCGGCCUCUCCUGCUCCCGCGCCUGCACGCGCUCCGACACCCACUUCCUCUCCCGUUGAGGCUGCAGCCGUGGAAGCCACCACUACUACUUCCAGCACUUCCACUUCUUCCAACAAUGGCGUGCCAGAGCCCAUGGAAGAGGAAGCCAAAUCCGAGGCGGCCAAAGAGGAGAAGCCCCCACUCGCCUCUUCCAACUCAUCCAUCCCGGUGGUGAGCAGCAGCGAGGGCGGUGAGGAGCCCAAGGCCUCCUCGGAUGAUACUCUUACCUCCAAUAACGGUAACGGAGCCACCGAGCCGGAAGCAACGCCCCCCGCUACCGCUGGCGAGGAUGCGGAGAUGAAGGAAGCCGGCGCCACCGACACUGAGGCCGACAGCAAAGUGGAGACGGAGAGCAAGGUGGAGGAGGUGGUGGUGGAGAAGCCACCCAAAGCCGGUGGCGGUGAGGAACUGGCCGCCGUAGACGCAGCCAUCCUUCUGGCCAAAAACAGCCAGGCCGAGAACGGCGCUGCUGCCGCCAAGGUCGUCGAGGAGUUGGCCAAGUGAAGACUGAACUAACUGAAGAAAAAAAAAAAACGAAAAAAUAAGUAAAAUAAUAGUACGAGUAUGCGUGCGUUUUAUUCCAUAAAUGUUUUUUGUGUUUUCUUUUGUAUUUCACACAAGAAACAGUCUAGAAAUAGAAGCUUAAAAGGAAACCGGACACUCAAUUACUAAGCGAUUACCGAGCGCUGCGAGAUAAAAGAUAGUAUGAUUUCCUAAAACAUAUGUGACAAAAACACUAUAGGUAUUCCACUAAAAAUUAAUAAUAAAAAGAAAAACACGAAUUAUUGUACUUAACAAUAAAAUGGAAAAAAAAAUAAAUAAGAAAAUAAAGCGAGUACGCAAUAUUGCA